UACGUUAUGACAACACUGAUUCAUUGUAGAAGGAGGAUGUUGCUGAGGCUUUGCAAAAGAGCAAGAGAUUCACCGUAAACUGUGGAAGUGUAUGGAGGAUGGCGAAGUGUAAAACAGACUGCAUCGAAAGGCCUCUGUCUCUGGUCUUUGAAAAGCUUGGUGGUGUUGUUGGUAGACAUCCGUGUGUGUUUCUUUUAUUAGCUUUAUUUGUGGCUGCUGUCCUGGGAGCUGGUUUCAUCUUUCUUCAUGAGGGGAAGGCAAAUGAUAUUGAAGAUCAGUUCACACCUGUCAAUGGACCUGCCAAGUCGGAGAGGGCGAUUGUGGUGGAAAAUUUCCCACAAUCUGAAGAGUUUUCUCAGUUACGACUUGUAUCUGAAGGCACUUAUGCAUCUUUGAUCAUCACCGGCUUGCAAGGAGAAAAUAUUUUAAAUGAAGCAGCUUUUAACGAUAUUAUAGAGCUAGACAGACAAGUGAAAAGUAUAAAAACAGGAAACAAUUUUGAAAACCUCUGUGCCAAAACAAAAGGAAGGUGCAUGUCAAAUGCAAUUUUAGACAUUAUAAAUUACAAUGCUACUGAAAUAGUUUCUUUAGAUAUAACAUAUCCGAUGAAUAAUGGCAUGUUUUUGGGAACAACCAUCGGCGGUGUAGAGCUGAAUAACUCAAAGCUCACCAGUGCCAAAGCGGUCAGGCUUUUUUAUUUCUUAGAUGAGAAGAAGACAAAGGAAAACCCUUACUGGCUUGAUGGCUUUCUAAAACUCCUCUCAAACUAUACAGAAGAGAAAAUGUCAAGCGAGGUCCAUGUGUCUUACUUUACAUCAAUAUCAAGACAGAAUGAGUUUGAGACCAAUGCAGACUCUGUGAUCCCCCUCUUCUCUAUUACUUAUUUCCUGGCCAUAACCAUUUCAAUUAUGUCUUGUUUGAGGUUAGACUGUGUCAGGACGAAGGUGUGGGUGGCCACAUUUGGCGUCGUCUCCGCUGGUAUGGCCGUGUUGGCCAGCUUUGGACUGCUGCUGUUCUGUGGGAUGCCGUUUGCCAUGACCGUGGCCACAGCCCCCUUUCUGAUCCUCGGUGUUGGUGUUGAUGACAUGUUCAUUAUGAUCUCCUGCUGGCAGAAGACUGAAGUUAAUAAAGCUGUUGAGUUUCGUUUAGCAGAAACGUAUAAAGAGGCCGGCGUGUCCAUCACUAUCACCACGCUGACAGACGUUCUGGCUUUCUACAUCGGUCUCAUGACUCCCUUCCGCUCAGUUCAGUCUUUCUGCAUGUACACCAGCACAGCUCUUCUGUUCUGCUACAUCUUCAACAUCACCUUCUUCGGCGCGUGUCUCGCACUGAACGGACGGAGAGAGAAAGGCAACAGACACUGGCUGACCUGCAUGAAAGUCCCAGAAGCCACUGGUGAUGAUGGAGGUUGUUGUGUUGGUGGGGCAUAUGAUAAAAACACACUGAAGGAAUUUGAAAUGCCAGUGAAUUCAUUGUUUAAAAACUAUUACGGCCCUUUUCUGACAAGAGUGUGGGUUAAGACGCUGGUGUGUCUGAUCUAUGCUGGGUAUUUGGCAGUGAGUAUCUAUGGAUGCUUCCAAAUGCAGGAAGGUCUAGAUCUGAAACAUUUAGCAGCAGACGGCUCAUAUGUUGGCAGUUACUAUGACAAAGAAGAUGAAUUCUUCUCUGCCUUUGGUCCCAAUGUCAUGUUAGUCAUAAAGGAUGAAGAGUUUAAGUACUGGAGCCCAACUGCUCGUGAAAGUCUUGACUUGUGUUUGGAAAAUUUUCAAAAUCUGAAAGUGGCACGUUCAGGCAUUUCACCUGUUUCUUGGCUGAGUGAAUACAUGAAGUUUGGACAGAACUUUGGUUUCAGUUUAAACAAUGAAACACAAUUCAAAAGCCAUUUAACUGCAUUUCUUAAUCAGUCUGGUUUUAGUCAAGAUGUUAAUUUCACUAACAAUCAAAUUCAUGCAUCACGUAUGUUCAUUCAGACUGUGAACAUCCGCACAGCGAUCGAUGAGAAGAAUAUGCUUGAUGUGUUUAGAGAAACCGCAGAAAAAUGUGGGAAGUUGCAGACACCUGUUGAUCUGAUUGUGUACCACCCUGCGUUCAUCUAUUUCGACCAAUAUGCCGUCAUCAUCAGUAAUACAAUCCAAAACUUAGUGGUUGCUACGUGUGCAAUGUUAGUCAUUUCACUCCUGUUGAUCCCAAACCCUCUCUGCUCUCUCUGGGUGACAUUUGCCAUCGCAUCUGUCAUUGUGGGAGUGGCUGGGUUCAUGGCAUUAUGGGAUGUUAGUUUAGACUCCGUUUCUAUGAUUAAUCUUGUUAUCUGUAUCGGGUUUUCUGUCGACUUCUCUGCUCAUAUAUCCUAUGCUUUUGUGUCAAGUGAAAAAUCCUCAGUGAAUGAGAAAGCCACAGAUGCCAUCACUAAACUGGGCUAUCCCAUCAUUCAAGGGGCCGUGUCCACUAUUGCAGGAGUGGUGGUGCUGUCGGCUGCUAAAAGCUACAUCUUCAGGACCUUCUUCAAAAUCAUGUUCUUAGUCAUUCUGUUUGGGGCCGUCCAUGGCAUCGUAUUCAUACCGGUGUUCCUGACCUUUCUCGGCACUUGUAAUAAUAGCCGUGAAAAAACCAAACCAAAUCUUCCAGAGCCCAGUGACAAAAGCGAACGGCGAGAAAAAGCAUUCGUGAUUCAGAAUGUGUGGUGUGCUGAUCCUGACUGUCCAUAGGCUCCGUGAUCCUACAUAGGACAAGUGGUUUAGAAAAUGGAUGAACUUUUUUCUUUUUGUAUGAGCUUAUCUCUGUAUGACACUUUUAUUUGACCAUGAAAGUAAAUAGCAAUCACUCUGUUCUUAUGUGUACACUGCAUCUUACAUGUUUUUGUGUUUUAUAUUUUAAUCAAGUUUCUUUCUUUUUUUUUUAUCCUGAUCAUCAAAAUGAUUUUCAAUGCAGUUCUGUUUAAUAUGCACAUGUUUUCAUUUAAUGAAAACACAACUUUGCAUUUGUAAUCUAGUUACAUUCAAGUUCAUUGAUUACUGGACAUUGGGAAUUUUAUGUUUGGAAUUAAAAGAACUUGAUCUCA